UAGACAAGAUAAAGAUUUCUCCUGUUACUCCCCUUCCAAUGACAACCAAUCAAUUUUAAUUCUAGCAUGAUGAGUUCAACCUCCAUGUCAUCAACCACCUCAAAUUUUUCCAUUUUCUUCUUCUUAUUUUUCCUAUGAAAUGCAACUAAUUGAGACCACCACAAUUCUUGGACAGCAUCCAAGUUUCUUGAACUACUAGUCCAGGAAAAUGUCUGUUUUUGCUACUUCCAGUGGACUCACAUUUCAAUCAACUAAAGGUCAUAACUUUAAGCAACUUUUUUCAUCUCAUUUCAUCAAUCAUGUUCAGGUAAGCAGCACAGUACCUUAUGCAAUUCCUUUUCUUUCUGUGAGCGUAUCUAGAGUACCCUUUAGAGUUAGUUCAAGAAAGCUUAAACUCAUCACAGCUUCAGCUGCCUCUACUGUUGAAACCCCCAAGAUUUCGUUCAGAGGUAAAAAUCCAAAAGAUAUCAAUGUUUUGGUUGUGGGCUCAACUGGGUAUAUUGGGAAGUUUGUGGUUAAGGAGUUAACUAAUAGAGGGUUUAAUGUUAUAGCUGUUGCUAGAGAAAGAAGUGGUAUUAAAGGAAAGAAUAGUAAAGAUGAUACCUUGGAACAGUUAAAUGGAGCUAAUGUGUGUUUUUCUGAUGUUACUAAUUUGGAGACUUUGGAGAAGAGUGUAGAAAGUUUGGGAGUUUCAAUUGAUGCUGUCGUGUCUUGUCUUGCUAGUCGAAAUGGCGGGGUAAAGGAUUCUUGGAAGAUUGAUUAUGAGGCCACAAAGAAUAGUCUUGUUGCUGGGAGGAAGUUUGGGGCUUCACACUUUGUUUUGCUGUCUGCAAUUUGUGUGCAAAAGCCUCUUCUUGAAUUUCAGAGAGCUAAGCUGAAAUUCGAGGCAGAAUUGAUGAAAGAAGCUGAAGAGGAUGAUGGAUUUACUUAUAGUAUUGUUCGACCAACUGCAUUUUUCAAGAGCUUAGGAGGUCAAGUUGAAUUGGUGAAAGAUGGGAAACCUUAUGUGAUGUUUGGGGAUGGAAAGUUGUGUGCUUGCAAGCCGAUAAGCGAGCAAGAUUUAGCUUCUUUUAUUGCUGAUUGUGUGCUGAAAGAGGAUAAAAUCAAUCAGGUCUUUCCAAUUGGAGGACCUGGAAAGGCGUUGACACCAUUAGAGCAAGGUGAAAUGUUGUUCAAACUUGUUGGGAAAGAACCCAAAUUUCUGAAGGUACCAAUUGAAAUAAUGGAUUUUGCAAUUGGGUUUCUUGACUUCCUUGUAAAAAUAUUUCCUUCGUUGGAAGAUGCGGCUGAGUUUGGGAAGAUUGGGAGGUAUUAUGCAGCUGAGAGCAUGUUGGUUUGGGAUCCUGAGACUGGUGAAUAUAAUGAUGAGGCAACACCAAGUUAUGGAAAUGAUACAUUGGAAGAUUUUUUCCGGAGAGUACUGAAAGAAGGAAUGGCUGGUCAAGAGUUGGGGGAGCAAACAAUAUUCUAAAUAGUCCAUCUUGCUGAAAGUUUGUAAUCAAAGAGUUGUCUAGUCACUUUGGGAUCUUCUUAGAAAGGGAAUACACAGAGAGGAGAACAAGGAGAACAAGCAUAACGGUUGCAAACAAUGAGACUUCUACUGAGGCUCCAAGGUAUCUGCAGAACUUGCCAUACAAACUGCAAACCUUUCCCCACCCCGCAUGAGUGUUGCCUUUUAGUCCUAUGUAAAUCACUGAUGCUGCUGCUCCAGUUGCUGAUGCCACUAUGCCUAGCAAAAGCUGCAAGUUUACAUAAACAUUACGCUAGUGAACAAUGGUGGACCCAAGACAAUCAAUAAACGCGCUAUAGUGGCAGUGAACAAUAUUCUUUAGUACUCCUCGCCUGUCUAAAUUGUGACGAAGUCCAUACCAGAAUUCCAUAACCUACUAUCUAAACCCUUGUCUGGUAAUACUGAUAAAACAGAAGGCGCAACAGACCUCAAGUGUAGUACACACUACCCUUGUAGAUAACUAAUCACAUCUUUAAUAUAUGGUUGAUGAGUAAGGCGAUCAAAAAAGUCAUAGAGCUCAUAGUAUUAUGCUUGUGUGUUUAAGGGGUAGAUUGCACUCUAUUAGAAAUAUGAGAACUUAUUUCAAACUACUCAAGGGUGGGGAGGGUCUCGACGUGUAACGAAGUUGGUGUAAACCAUAGAAAACUAGGGUUCAAUCUCGGCACAUACACAAACUCUAGGUGGUUUGCAUCUGUCUUUAUCAUGGUCAACAAAGUUACCCAGUACUCAUGAGAGGUAGCAGGUAUUCGUGGAAUAGACAAGGCUAGCGCAAGCUGACCUGAAUUCCAAUGUUAUAGAAAUAAAAAAUCAAAAAGAUUUUAAGAACUUACUAAAUCAAUAACAAUGAAAUGGGAAAUGAUCUUUGCAGAGCAACCAGGCUUAAUGAGGGAGUACAAUGAGCCUAGUGCAGUAAGUAUGCUGAAGAAACCAGCCACAGAGAGUGCUGCUACAAAAUAUCUGCAACAUAAAUAAUUCAGAAUUAGAUAGCUUUCUGAAAUCAGUUUGAAAUUAACGUUCAAUUUUGAUCAAUGUUCGUUAUGAUCAAAAUGAAUCAAAAAGAUAACAAGAGAAAAGAAGUUGGGCAAUAUAGUAAGGGCCCGUUUGGCCACGCGAUAUGAAAUCUUGAUUUCAGAUCAUGACAGUAAGCUACCGUUAGGACUACAUGAAUCUUUUUUUUUCGUUUUUCCUUCUCUCGUUUCUUUUUUCGUCAACCCCCCUCCCUCCUAAAAUUAACUGUUGAGAGAUCAUCUAAUAAUUUCUAGUAUUGCUGCAUGAAGUACAUGUUAUAUGCAUAAGUUUUAAUUAAUUUAAACUGUUUUAGUGUUUAAAUCUUACAUUGUUAUCCUAGCAAUAUCCAUGCUUAUUUUCUAGGUUACUAAUCUUAUUUUUUAUGGAUAAUUACAUUUAGUUAACUUUUAGGUACUUAAUAUGCAUUAUACUGUCAGAAUAGAGAAGUUGUAAAACUCAUAUUGUAUAUCAUGUUGACCAAAAAGAAGAUAUCUAAAACUUACAUGAGUGCUGGUGAAUAAUUGAACUUAGCAGGGCGAGGUGUUGGGACCAUUUCAGUUUCUUUACUAGUUGACAUGACCACCACAGAAACAAGUGCUGAAGCAAACACUAACAACCUUAACACCACAUCGGCCACCGCAAAGUAAUCGGUGGACCGAGUUGCCAGUGGCUGAACCCUUUUUUGUGGCUCCACCACCGGAGCUUCUGCUGGGGGAGUAACCUUUUCGGAUUCACUAGCCAUAGGUGCACAACACUAGAGGUGCCAAAAUUAUGUAUUGAAUGAUAAUUAAGUUAGUGACUCGUGUGUGUGACUAAUCAAUACAAUAGAUAGAGAUAUUUAUAGGAUUUUUAGCUUAAACUAAUUAAGGUGGUUGAAAUUGGAAUUGCCCACACGCCAAGUUCUGAUUAUUUAGAUUAUAUUUUCUUGAGGACGUUAUAAAACAUAAUUAUAUUGAUGCUAGCUGGAUAUGCUAGUGUUCAAACAUGGGGAAAAUAUUCGUGAUGUCAGGAUUGAUGUAGAAUGAUAAACAUUAUACAUAGGUUUAAACAUUAUACAUAGGUUUCUUGUUGGUGUAUUGUCCAAUUUUGUACCUAAAGGACUCCAAGCUUGAUUCCCAUAAAGUUGAAAAUGAUUUCAUGAUCAUCUUGAGCUGUUACACUUUCUAAUAGCCCAAUUAAUCGUUAGUCUUUAGUAAUUAGGUGAAUCAUCACUUACCUAACUUCCAUUUUUCUCGAUGUAUCAAUCAUCUCAAUCAUGAUAUUUUCCUUUUCACCAUCGAAGUUGUGAGUUGUAACAUAACAUUGCUCGAGUAAAUUAAGGUUGCUGGGGCAUAUUCAUGAUCAAUUUAUGCAUGUAUGGUUACUUGAGAUCAUUCAAGAGAAUUUGAUCAAUAGGAAAUUUUCAAGAUAAUUUUCUGACCUAGCUAGCAAGUACACUUGAUGAACUUCUGCAAGAAAAAGGAAGUAGUACAACUAGUAGUUGGAAAUCCAACUAUGGAAAUACCAAAAGGAAGCAUAAUGAAGAGCCCUCAAAGUCGGUAGACAGAGGAUUAUGAUGACGGGGCCCUAGUUUGUUCAACCAAGUAAUGAAAGUUACUUUCAACAUUUCCUAACAAAUGAUUGGACUUGUUUGAUUUUAUCUCCGUUUAGUUUUGGGCCCGUGCCAUUUAUGUUAUUGCAUUUGUAACAGAUAAAGAAGAUUAAGGUCCUCAUUUGAUUUUAUUAAGAUUAAGAUAUUUGAAUGUGAAUAUGUAUCUAAAAAUCUGGAGCCAUUUAACUCAAAAUCUAGAUAAGAAUAAUUUCAUAGAUGAUAGGUACGAAAGUAAGUGGAUGCAGAAGAGUCAGAUUUCUGUUCUUGGCUAAGGUUGAACAGCGAUGCCUAUUUGAUUCUGGACGCUGUCCAACAUUAUAGUUUUUUUCAUCUUUUUCUUUGAACUAUUAAUUCAGAAGGAUGGGCUUGCACUGUUAAUCUAUGCGUAUAGGUACUGGAAAUGCUUCAUUGUUUCACUAGAUGUACUAGUGUUAUUUGUAUCUCAAUAGACACCAAUCCUUACAAGUUCAUUGAUCAUGUACUAUUGAAUAGUUUCUCAUUUAUAGUAAGUUCUGUUAAAUAUAUGAGGUUUUCACUCAAGGAUGUUAAAUCCUCAAGGUAUAGGAUUUGGACCUCAAAACAUCCUAUUUUAAAUAUAGGUCUGGUGAUGAACAUAUGAGAGGCUCAAGUAUCCAUUAGCUUCAAAGCUAUUGCAAUCGAAUCUAAUCAAGUCCUAAUUAUGGAACUUUGUGGCUAAUUCAUCUCUUAGCCAGUCUGCACAUUUUACCUGCUUAAAUGGUUGUUUUACCACACUGGGACUCCAAAAUGUUUUUCGUCCUCUGCUGUAUGACAAGAAUUGAUCAAAGAUAAACUGUGUAAGUCGGGAACUUUCUGUUUAAUGUCAAUAUAAGCACUUGACUGAAUUCAUAUACAAGAACUGGGACAAUGUCUACUUCCACCAGCUGCACAAGUAAAAGUCAAACACACAGAGAACCCAAAUUUGAACAGUACUUAUAAAUUACACACUUUCACAUACUGACAUUUACCAAGGGUAUUUUCCUGCUUUACAUGCAGAAUUCAAGUUUCCAUAGUUGUCUUGUCACUUUGGGAUCUUCUUAGAAAGGGAAUACACAGAGAGGAGAACAA